AUGAAUUAUGAUCCAUGGAAAGUUGAAAGUGUGAUAAGGGAUACUUUCCCUGAUAAAAUAAUUGGAUAUGACGUUCAAGUAUCAAUCGAACCUAAAAAUGUCCAUGAAUUUGUUGAAUUGGUGUCUAUAAAUUUGGGACAUUUUUAUUCAAGGAAUCAUGGAUCAAAUUGGAAACUUGAUAAAGUGAAAGAAAUGGAAGAAUCAGGUCUUGUGUUUGUUUCGAUUUGGGAUCAUGAUCAACUGGUUGGGUUUAUAAGCUUCGUUGAUACCAUAGAUGAUGAUAUAAGAGUUCUUUAUCUCUAUGAAAUACAGAUAAAUCCAAAUCAUCAAGGUAAAUCAUUGGGGAAAUUGUUUAUAAAUUAUUUCCAUGAUUUAGCAAAAUAUUUAUCAAAGAUUAACAAUAAAAUUUAUAGCAAUUAUAACAAUAACAACCCUCAUGACUAUUUAGAUCGUACAGAAACUUUAAAAGGAACUAAAUUAACUGUUUUUAGUGAUAAUUCUGUAUUAGAUUGGUAUAUAAAAUUAGGAUAUGAUAAAAGUGAAGAUAGCCCUCAAGAUAGGAAAUUAAGAAGUGGUAAAGUAAUAAAACCUGAAUAUUACUUACUGUUUAGAUCUGCUGAUAAUGAAUAA